GCUGUAAAAGGGUGUGAAACGUCAAACGCAAUGUUUACAUCCAACAGGCUGUGUAGAUUUGCGCUCUCGUUUGCGGAAUCUUUUUCGAUAAAGUGAAACUGCUGCUGAAAAGAGUGCGCGAUGGCUUUCGGUGAUCAUCCGGCGGAGUACAACCCGAAGAUCCACGGACCUUACGACCCUGUCCGUUACUACGGCAAGCCGGAUACGCCCUUGACCCAGGUGAAGUUGAUCGAAUUGGGUGCUUGGUUUGGCCACCGUGACAAGAACCCAAGGCUGCCACUGAGCCUUGCCUUUUGGAGAUGGUAACACAAGUACUGGAAACCCAAGCGGAUGGGAAUUGCCCCGUUCUUCCAGGCCAUCGUCGGCGGAAUGGUAUUCUUCUAUGCCAUCAACUGCGGCAAACGGAAGCACCACAGGAACUACUAGUACCAUUAAACGAAGGCACCCUGGAAGCAGGGCAGUGAGAAGCGGAACCUAUCUACAGUUCAUUAGAAAAGCGCGAUCCGUGGAGAACAAUUUAGGCAGGAUCCGGAGGGUGGUUCCGGCUUGUGGAAGAUAGACGUUAGGCAUAGAUUGGCAGACGGAAAAAUAAAAUGUGAAAAUCUAGCGGAAA